CCUUUGCGAAAGUUGCUUAACUUCACCAAUCGCAGACCGAGCGCGUUAACCGCUGCGCCACCGAGCUCCUCAUAUAUAGGUAUAAAUAUAUCUUAACAUAAUCACCCUAAUACGUCCCUUUACUAGGCACACACAGACCUCUCCUGAAUCGCCGGAAGCACUAUCGAGCAUAUUCCACCACGCUGCUCCAAUGCGAAUAGGUGGAGAUAUUUCGGCCAGUAGCCGGGAUGAACGGCUUAACGUGCUUUCCGAAGCACGAAAUCAUGCAAGGCCAAAUAAAGGAUAGUCAGACAACAAUGAACCCAUCGGGAACUGGGGAACUGAACCGAGACAUCCAGAUCGCAAAGAGCGAAGCAGAGAUCAGGAAAUGGUUCAUAGGGCUCGCAAUAGAAUGUAACAACGAGAACCCUAUAACUCCUGAAGACAUGACGUUACUGCACGAACAUAAGAUACCGGACAAUGAGAACGCUAAGUGUCUACUAGCCUGUGUUUAUAGGAAAGCUAAUUGGAUAAAUGACAAGGGCAUGUUCGACAUAGAGGCCGCUAAUGCUAUGGUGGAAAAAGAACAUACAGACGAGCCAGCCAAGAUUGACAACUCCAAGAAACUUUUCCAGCUUUGCAAGAAAGUGGACGACGAACCUGUGACAGACGGUGAAAAAGGAUGCCAGAGAGCAGCACUGCUGACUACUUGUAUGACUGAAAAUGCUCCCAAGUUUGGUAUUCCGCUAAUAAUGUAAACCAGAACAACUGCGCUCCACAUAGUUCGACUUAAGUUUACAUAAUAUACUAAGUAUGUUAGGAUACGCAAUAAAACAAUUAUAAAAUUA